AUUCUGAAAGACAACAGAUAUCUGAGGAACAUCCAUGAAGAUGCCUUUGAGGGGGCCUCAGGGCCAACUGUGCUGUAAGUGAAUACUUUGACAACCAUAAUGUAAAAUUCACCUUAAAUAUUAUAGUCCAUUCCUAUAAUAUAAACCUCCUUCCUGCCACACUGACCUCCACAGAGCCCCAGUAUUUCCUGUUUCACAUCCUUCCUGCCACACUGACCUCCACAGAGCCCCAGUAUUUCCUGUUUCACUAUCUAUAACUGACAAUUUCAAACAUACACAUGAGUUAUACAUUUAACAAAGAUUACAUGGACACAAAAUCUGACUACUGAUCAAUUUUAUCAUAGAGACCUUGUGGUUUAUGGUGCGUUGGAGGGAUUUCUUAGGCAUAAUGAUUAUUCAUCCUUGUUCAACAAUACAAGGUUGAUGCUCGUUGACACAGACAUGCUGUAAUCUACAAUUUGGCGGCCAGGUCUACCUCAGUAUUUAUGAGAUUGUAAUGGUUGUCUAGUCUAGUGGUAUUGUUUGUUUUCAUCCUGCUUGACUUUGUUAAUAUCAUUUUUUUAAAAGUGUGUUAAAAGUGUGUUAGGGUGAAAGGUUAUGGUUAGGUCUGGGACAGUAGGUAGCCCAGUGACUAAGGAGUUAGACUUGUAGCCGAAAGGUCGCCUGUUGGAAUCUCGGGCCGGGUGCUGGGGGAAAAAAAGGGAGAUAUUGAUCUGGCAACUGGAGGGCUGCUGGAUUCACACCCUAACAACAAUCCCCUACCGUUCGGCCGUUGAGCCCCACAACAUGUUCGCUGUAACUAUGGACAAUAAAGUUGUAUUGUAAAAAAUUAAAUAAACAUUUGACUUGUGUUUACUGUUUACUGUUUGUGUUGUCCAGUGACAUCUCCUCCACAGUUCUCCGCACCCUCCCCCGUCGAGGCUUGGGACAUUUGAAGGUCCUGAUCGCCCGUUCUACCCCCUACCUGAAGACUCUACCCCCUCUGGAAAGCCUCCUAGAGCUGGAGGUGGCAGAGGUCACUUAUCCCAGCCACUGCUGUGCCUUCCACACCUGGCGACGCAAACACAGGUAGGUACACAUCACACACGGGUACACGUCACAGGUACACACACAGGUUGUCAUUCAAGAGUCUACUCUAACCUUGCUGUUUUUCUCCUUAUCCAUCCAAAGAGAAAAAGUUGUCCUUGCACUCUCUCCGAACCUCAGAAGGCUGUGCGAUGACGACGAUGAAAUCAUGUAAGACAAUUAUUCCAGCAUGUAUCAGGGGAAAGUUCUGCACACAUGUAGCUGUCUCUGUUGACAGGCUGUUGACAGGCUGGCAAAAUGUUUUUUAGUCUUGUUUGCCCAUUUUCUUUUCUUUUCUUGGUCUCAACCGCUCUGCUCAAAUCCAUGUUGUCUUCCCCUUUUCUCCAGGGACCUCUCAGCAGACCAUGUGACCGACCUGUAUGACAUCAACCUCCAUUACCCAGACCUGCAGCUGAGCCUGUGUCCUGGACCUUUCCAGUGCACCCCGGAGCCCGACGCCUUCAACCCCUGUGAGGACCUGCUUGGGUACUCCUUCCUCCGCUCAGUCACCUGGCUCAUCACCGUGUUCGCUGUGGCCGGGAACAUGGCCGUGCUGGUCGUACUGAUCACCAGGUAAAGGGUUCUGACUAGGUGUACUACAGCUACGACAGGAAGUGACUUUGUAGCAGUUUAGGAAAACUUACACAGCAGGUUAGUAGAAUGAAUGUAGCAGGUUAGGCGAAUUAGGUUAAGGUUAGGGAAAGGGUUAGCUAAAAUGAUCUCCUAACCUGCUACAAAAAGUAUCUUCCGGUUGUAGCUAUAUUCCAUAUAGUCACAACCCAGGUAAAGGGAGAGAACAUAGAGAUGUAUAAUACACUAGACUUGCUGGCAUAGACCCACGUAGUUUUAGAGUGUAGGAAUAAUGGCAGCCAUCUUGGUCAGGGAUAAAUUCCAAACCAGUCCAAUUGGAAUGAAUGGGAAAGAAUGUGCUCAACUCUUAUCCACUUGCGUAAACUGACAGUGUUUGGUCUACUAAGACAUGUUGCUUAAAUAAGAUAAAUAUAAUUAAAACAAUGUUUCAAUUGCAAAUUAUAUUCAAGUGAUUGCUGAUAUUUUUUUCAAUUUUUGAUCAUUCUCCUCACCAGCCACCAGAAGCUUAAUGUCUCCCGGUUCCUGAUGUGUAACCUGGCCUUCGCAGACCUCUGCAUGGGGCUCUACCUCCUCCUCAUCGCAGCCAUGGACUACCACUCCCGCAAUGUACGGGAGUGGUAGUCCAACCACCUACCACCACGACACCUAAACUGCUCCAGAGGGGCUGCACUGCGGCUGACCCUGUGAUGCUUGCUUUCCAAUGUUUAUACACUGACGAAAAAUAUAAACGCAAUAUGUAAAGUGUUGGUCCCAUGUUUUACAUUUACAUUUACAUUUCAUGAGCUGAAAUAAAAGAGCCCAGAAAUGUUCUCCUUUGCCAAGAUAAUUCAUCCACUUGACAGGUGUGCCAUAUCAAGAAGCUGAUUAAACAGCAUGAUCAUUACACAGGUGCACCUUGUGCUGGGGACAAUAAAAGGCCACUCUAAAAUGUGCAGUUUUGUCACACAACACAAUGCCACAGAUGUCUCAAGUUUUGAAGGAGCGUGCAAUUGGCAUGCUGACUGCAGGAAUGUCCACCAGAGCUGUUGCCAGAGAUUUUUCCUUUAUUUAGUUUUUUACCCCAAUUGGUAGUUACAGUCUUGUCCCCUACGGACUCCGGAGAGGCGAAGGUCGAAAGUCAUGUGUCCUCCGAAACACGAACCUGCCAAGCCGCACUGCUUCUUGACACACUGCUCGCUUAACCCGGAAGCCAGACGCACCAAUGUGUCGGAGGAAACACCGUACAACUGGUGACCGAAGUCAGCGUGCAUGCGGCCGGCCCGCCAGAAGGAGUCGCUAGAGUGCGAUGGGACAAGGACAUCCCGGCUGGCCAAACCCUUCCCUAACGCAGACGACGCUGAGCCAAUUGUGCACCUCCCGGUCUCCCAGUCGCAGCCGGCUGCAACACAGCCUGGGAUCGAACCUGGGUCUGUAGUGACACCUCUAGCUCUACCAGAGAUUUUAAUGUUAAUUUCUACCAUAAGCCGCCUCCAAAGUUUUUUUAGAGAAUUUGGCAGUAUCAUCCACCGUCAUCACCUCAUGUGUCAGCAUGAUAAUGCAUGGCCCCAUGUCGCAAGGAUCUGUACACAAUUCCUGGAAGCUAAAAACAUUUCCCAGUUUUUCCAUGGCCUGCAUACUCACCAGACAUGUCAUCCAUUGAGCAUGUUUGGGAUGCUCUGGAUCGAUGUGUACGACAGCAUGUUCCAGUUCCCGCCAAUAUCCAGCAACUUCGCACAGCCAUUGAAUCAACAGCCUGAUCAACUCAAUGUGAAGGAGAUGUGUCCUGCUGCAUGAGGCAAAUGGUGGUCACACCAGAUACUGACUGGUUUUCUGAUCCAUGUCCCUACCUUUUUUAAAAUAAUAAUAAUAAUAAUAAUAUGCCAUUUAGCAGACGCUUUUAUCCAAAGCGACUUACAGUCAUGCGUGCAUACAUUUUUGUGUAUGGGUGGUCCCGGGGAUCGAACCCACUACCUUGGCGUUACAAGCGCCGUGCUCUACCAGCUCUACCAGUGCUCUACCAGCUCUACCAGUUGACCAUCAGAUGCAUCUGUAUUCCCAGUCAUGUGAAAUCCAUAGAUUAGGGCCGAAUGAAUUUAUUUCAAUUGACUGAUUUCCUUAUAUGAACUGUGUAACUCAGUAAAAUCUUAGAAAUUGUUGCAUGUUGCAUUUAUAUUUUAGUUCAGUGUAUUUCUGUAAUGACUCUUUCUGAUUUAAACACUAACGUUGUAUUUCACUGUAGGAGUUCUAGUCUAUAACCAAUAAAGUUGUAUUUUAUUUUAGGAGUUCUAGUCUAUAACCAAUAAUAUAGUUGUAUUUUAUUGUAGGAGUACUACAACCAUGCCACGGACUGGCAGACUGGCAUGGGCUGUGGCGUGGCGGGGUUCUUGACCGUGUUCGCCAGCGAGCUGUCUGUCUACACGCUGACCAUGAUAACGUUAGAGCGGUGGCACACCAUCACCAACGCCAUGCACAUCAACAAGAGGCUGAGGCUGAGGCAUGUGGUGAUCAUGAUGGCUGGGGGGUGGUGCUUCUCCCUAUUGGCUGCUCUGCUUCCUGUCCUGGGGGUCAGCAGCUACACUAAGGUCAUCAGAAUUUCAAAAUAUUUUUUAUUCACUUUUAACGUCCGGUUUCCCGGACACAGACGAAUGCUAGUCCUGGACUAUAAAACACUUUCAAUCUCCAUUGCUUUUUAGUCCAGGACUAAGCACUGAUCCUAUCCUACUCUGUGAUGCUUUUUGAAUACAGGCCCAGGUUUACAAACAUGAACUUUACACACAACAGCCAUGGUGUUAUAUAGUAGAUGAACAUUCACAGCAUUUUUAUUUUCACUGUAAAAUAACUUAAUGACAAUUGCUGAUGUAAAAAGGGCUUUAUAAAUAUAUUUGAUUGAUUUGAUGUAUUAUCCUCCAGGUGUCGAUCUGCCUGCCCAUGGACAUCGAGUCCCUAGUCUCCCAGGUGUAUGUUGUAGCCCUCCUCCUCCUCAACGUCACCGCCUUCUUCAUCGUCUGCUACUGCUACGUACGUAUCUACCUGUCCAUCCACAACCCUGACCUAGCAACCCGCCACGGCGAUGCCAAGAUCGCCAAGCGCAUGGCCGUCCUCAUCUUCACCGACUUCCUCUGCAUGGCGCCCAUCUCCUUCUUCGCCAUCUCGGCGGCUCUCCGCAUGCCCCUCAUCACCGUCUCCCACUCCAAGAUCCUCCUCGUCCUCUUCUACCCAAUCAACUCCCUCUGUAACCCGUUCCUCUACACCAUCUUUACUCGAGCGUUUCGGAAGGAUAUGUGUUUGUUGUUGAGUCGCUGUAGUUGUUGCCAUGCCAGAGCGGAGUUCUACAGGGCACAGAACCUGGCAACACACACUAUACCACCUAAGGGUCGGACUACAUCCCCCAGAAAGCCUCACUCUUUCAGGUUCUAUGCCUACCACAUCAAGAUGCAGGGAUGCUUCCUCAGCAAUGGAGGCGGA